AUGGAAGAUCCCGUGGAGGAAGUUGAGCUGAUCGAGGAUGCGGCCAACCUGGAACCGAUCGACGAACCGGCCAACGUGGAACCGGUCGAGGUUAGGGCCAACGUGGAACCAAUUGAGGUUUCGGCCAACGUGGAACCAAUCGAGGUUGCUGUCAAUGGUCAAGAAAGAGCUGAGAAUGGAGCCGGAGGAGAGGGAGAAGGGGGAAACGGGAACGAUGGGGACGAAGACAUUGUCCUAGACAAUGAUGAGGAGCAGCAAGCCCCGCAAGUCAUUCCGGACGACAUUGAUGGAGACGUCGUCAAUGUGGAAAACAAUGGGAACGCACCAAUUGCCGUGGAUAAUGUUGAGAAUCAUCGCCAAGCACCACCAGCACAAGACGACGAUGUCGAAGUCGUUGCCGUGGUGCUUGGCGGAGACACUCUUCACCAACCGUCAAGACAUAAGCAAGCCCGUGAAAUCGCGGAGCUUCAGAGAAGACAGACUGUGUUGGAGAAAAAAGUAGAUGCUCAGGCGGCCACAAUCGGGACCCUCAUUCAAUUCUUGUUGAACCGAGCCCCGCAACCUCAGCUCCCUCCACCACCUCUUUUCAUCCCAGCUCCACUUGUCCCAGUUGAUGCAUCCAUGGCCCAAGGUAUGAUGGCACCGAUUUCCACGCAACCACCACUCAAGUUCGUACCAUACUCUGCCUGUGCGGAUAUUGCAAGUCUUCCAAUCAGACUUCCAAAUAGGGAAGAAUACUUCCCAACAGAGGAGGACGGUGAAGACAAGGAGGAGGGAGAAGAAGGACCGUCCAAAGCUGCUGAGGAGGACAAGGAGGAGGGAGAAGAAGGACCGUCCAAAGCUGAAGAGGAAAAAAAGGAAGAAAUUGAAAAGAAGGAGGAAGAUGGAACUGGAGAGAAAGACGCGGACGAGGACGAGCCAGUUGAGAAAAAACGAAAAGAGGAGUAA